AUGGCACUGCUUGUCCUGGGAGUGAUUAUUCUCAUUGUAUACUUCAACAACGGCUCAGGUACGCGAAGGCCGCAACCGCCAAGGCGCACCUCACGCGCAGGGGCUGCCGGCAAGAAGGACGUGGGCGAGGCCUUCUUCGUCUUCAUGGCGAGUUCCGCAAGGAUUUCAAGCAUAAAACCCCAUGAACAAGUCUGUCGCUGCUGUAGGCAAAGCAGCGGGUGGGAGGUGGAAGAGCUUGAGCGAGUCGAUCAUGGUGUACCAGCUUGCAAGGGUGUUGCUUUUUGCCACGGAUACGGUGUCCGGCACCAUGACCUUGAGCCACACAACCUGCAAAUUGGUGGAUGGGUUGGUAUCCUCUGGUUUGAUCCCUGCAAGAGGAAGUUUUCUCUUCUCUUUAUCAACCAAAGGCACUUUCUUCUCUCAUGGAUGGAUGGGACUCCAUCAAUUUAGUAUCAGUUUAGGUGUUAGUAUGCUGUUGAUGCUUGUGUUGAUGCCAUGAUUUUUGUCUUGUCAUGUGCUGAUAUUAACUGGUAGCAUCAUCUCCCAUGAUUGCUUGCUUGCUUGCUUACUCUAUAACCUGUACUGCUAAAACAUGUUAUGCUACUCCAUGAUGCUAUAUCAUUUGCAAAUACUCCUAGACAUCAUCUCCCGUGAUGUUGCAUUAGCUAUAAUCUGUACUGCUAAAAGAGGAGUGUAAACUGGAGUAAUUUUUCAGCCAUUCUAUUUGUUUUCUUUUGGGCGGAUGCUCUCCACUGGAGUACAGUUGGGUACUGCAUCUCUUUUUGCAUUCCUUUUUCAGUCAGUGUUUGAACAUUUUUUUAAAGAUGAAUUGGAAUACUCCUGGACAACAAUACAUGGAGUAUAGCUGGAACUUCUUGCAGUAUAGCUGCAGCAGUCCAUUGGGAGUAGUUUUGCAUCAGUAGCAUUAGGAGUAAGUUCUUGCAGAAAGUCUUUGACACAUAUUGUCAUGCAUCAGUAGCAUGUUUGCUUGUUUUGGAGUAGUGAUUAAUUACUUGUAAUGUUUUUUUUGUCUGAGCACACACACUAAAUGAAACUCUUUUAGAUAAUUAUUAUUAACUGAAACUGUUAUGUACAUGAAUAUAGUCUAUCUACAGCAAGUUACAUAUGUGGUGCAAAUGUGUAGAACUACUAGUACAAUGCUUGAGAUUUGAUCAUUAAUAUAGUGUAUCUACAAUUGUACAUGAAUAUAGUGUAUCUGCAGUACUGUAAUAUUCUUGAGACUUGAUCCAAACCAUAUUAAUUGUUGCUAGUGAUUUUAUUAUCUACUUUUUGCAUCAUCUGAACAUUUUUUUGCUGCUGCAUAGUUUCUCACUCAUGAUUGAUCUAUUGCAAGGUGAAUGAGGUUUUCAAAUAUUGAAGGAGGAAAAUAUGAACUUUUAUUCUGUCUUAUCAUCUAAACUUCUGUUUUAAUUUUCUUUGUCGUAGAAUAGUUCUGUUUGGCACUUACUGUUCUUGGGAUGUAAAGAUAUGUAUUGCUAGAAUGAAUGGUUGUAAUACAAGCAAUAUUAUAUUUUGGGCUCCUAUAACAUUGCAUGUUGCUUUGAAAAUGUAUCAGAACUGGGCUAGGCCCAAGAUAGCUUGUGGUGUGAUAUGUUGUAAUGUCA